AUGGCAACUGAGAAAGAAGUGAAUGACCUCGGCCGCUUACAGGUAGCCGAAGAAGCUGUGCGGAUCGUUAGAAGAUUCAAUACGUUGGGGAAGGACAAGGAAGACCGGCAGAAGAAAAUAAUUGAGUUAUGCACAGACAUCGCAGACAUUCUCGACGCAAAACGACGGUACAUUCAUUUCACACAAGCUAGUAAAUGUUUUGUUGACAUAGAAGAUGAACUAAACAUGUUAGUCGUGUUUCAUUUCGGCUAGUUUGCUCUUUAAACGAUAAAGUGUAAACCCUGUGGUAACAACAUUUGUUAUCUACAAACAUGUUAUGUUGUAGCUCUGCACUCCGUAAGGAGUUAGUUUAUCUUCGACUAGUAAGAGAGGAUUUUGUUCUUACAAAUUUAAAUUGCAAAACAUAUGCUAGGGUUCAGUUCAUGAUCAGCAUCCUUCAAGUCGGAAGAUAAAACACGGAUUCACUCAAACAGGGAUGAUGUUCUUCAAGAUUGUUUAUUUAAAAACUGGUAGUCACUUAACAGAAAUUCGUGCGCAAGCAAACUUAUAUAAGUUUGAAAAUCAAUUCAAGAAAAAAGCUUUCCUGACUUAAAAACGAAAGUAGAAACAAGAUUGUUCACAGAAAUAGCGCGCGUACACAAAAAGAGGCUGGAAAAGGAAACAUGUGGCUGAUUAUCAAGGAAAGAUGCACUUCAGUCGUUGACGCAGACGUGAAACAAGAAAAAUUGUCAUUUUUAAUGUUGAUAAACCAAUGCGACGGCUUUUUCUUAAGUGAUUAUGCCUGGUUCUUUAAUUCAUUUGCUUGCUUAGCUUUUUUUUUUAAUGUUUCGUAAGAAUAACUUGACCCUUUGAAUAGCUUUUGUAGGCAGUAAAUAUUAUUAAUAGCUACUGCUCAUUUAAAUGCAAAUUCUCGAGAACAUUGUUUUAAUUUGCACAUGAAACCGAACUGUCGUAAUUGCAUUAACACUUGAAUAGAAAAAGUCACUAUUGGUGAUAUCUGUUAGACAAAAUAAUGGAUUUUUUGAGUGUUUAAGACAUAACAACUGUUAUUUUUCUCGGGGAUCAAGAUUAUACUUUUCCUUUCUACUUUUUCCAAGGAUGUUCAAAUUAAAUAUGCAAAACUCAUAUAAGUACAUUCCCCCAGAAAUUUCAUUUUACUUUAUGUGACUACUUAACUUAGGACAAUUAUCUUAGCUGGAGUUUUUUCAGGCCAUCUCUUAAUCAUAAAACUGAUAAGUGAGCGUUCCGACGAAUUGUUUUUGUAAGGCACUUAGCCAUGUAAGAAACUUGACGGUGGUCGCCGCUUCAGUAAGGGAUUGUAGCUGCGCGCGUGACGUUCUUGCAGCGGUUGAACUUACCUAGAAAAAUCUAUUAUGGAAUUUUAUUAGAAAUUAUCUCGUCGCCUUUGGUGUCUUUGUGGGGCUUCGUUUUAAGUCCUUUUUUUCUGUUUUUCGAAGUAAAAAGGAAAAACACCAUAGUAAUACUAUGAGAUGAUAUAUUUUUCUGUUGAAAUUACCGCCUGAGGGAUCAGAAUUUCUCUUGUUUUUGAACGGACCGAGAAAAAAAACUGCUCCUUGUGAGCGCCAGAGACACAUGUUUAUCCAUAGUUUGAACUCGUGAUCUCUCUUAUUCACUGUUAAAAGUGUAAAGACGAUAGAAACUAGGAGAGCCCGGUGUAGAAAUUUUUACAAGGCUAAAAAAAAAAAAAAAAAAGAAAAAAAAGUAGAACCAUGCUCAAUAGCUUAUCACCUCGUGUUACCCGUUAAGCCAACAGGUGACAUUGAAAUGCACAUGCGCACACAGGCUGUUUUCUCAAUGGUCGGCCAGACUAUCAACAACUACAAAUAAAAAACACUUUUAUUCAAAUGAGGGAAAGCUGCAUGACAUCAAACUUGAAUAUGUACACAGCUGAGUUGCUACAAGGUUGCCAUAGAGAACUCAAGCUUUAUUUAUGAAGUUUGAACAUCCGUUUGGCGAGGAAAUUUUUAGCUCGGCAUUCGAUCGUUAAAGAGAUCUAUAAUUACUUAAGCAUUCGGUACAAGCCUUUAAGCUGAUUUUUUAAGAACAGAGCGACGAAGAAAGGAAAAAGGAAGAUACGGUAAGCUAGACUAAUCGAAAAUUAAGUAGUUUUUCAAGCCAUAAUAUUGAAAGCGUAUAAAUUCGUUCAAUUUUUAAUAUCUAAGUGAUCUUUUGCCUUGAAGGAUUCUUUGGUGAGUUACAUACAGACGAAGAUCUUCUCGAAUCUGAUUCUUAUUUCGCAAAUCCUUCGCACGUUUUUUAAAGACUAUAUAUUUUGGUGAGUUCUCUUUCGUAAGACUGUCGUGAUGUCAUCUAAUCACAAGCUGAUAACAUGCUCUCUUACUUGAAAUAUUCUGCAAUUACCGCUCCAACUAGAUCUUAUUUUAUGCAUAAGUAGUAAAAUUGAAAUGUACGACUUGCUUGGCAAACAUCGCGUUGGGAAAAGCGAAAUCAUUUUGAUACCAUUACGGAAACUUAUUUUGUCAUUUGUCAUAAAAAUUAGACAAGUAUUGGAUUGCUUAGGUCGUUAACUUCGCAUGUAUUUAAAUUAUAAAUUCGUUUGAAGGUUAGUUUGGAAGAAAAUCAUUCUCAAGGUUUGAGAAGGAAGUCUCACCUUUUUCCCCGAGCUUUUUUUUGUUACAUUAAAUGAGUUUCAUGAUGAGUGAUGGGAGGGCCAUAAAGAAGACAUAACCAUGUCAUUAUGAAUUCAUUGUUUCUAUCUUUUUGUGGUGAGAUGAAAAACAAAGGCGACAUUGCGCUCAUUAGCAAAUGAGGAAAAACAUUUUGCGAACAUUUUCGAGGCAGAAAAAUGAUCGUGCGAAUCAAUUUUUUGUUUAUGAAAAUUGAUAAGGAGCAAAAUGAGGGUGAAUAAAUCUAACGAGAAUAUUUUUAAUUGAGUUCAUCGCUGCGAGGUGUUCACUGAAGAAAAUCCAUUUCAGCGGGAAGGACAUUAGCACCUAAUGUUUAUUUAGGGAGUGUGUGCAAAUUUUGGUUGCCCAUGAAAGAAAAGCGUCACACAAGACUCGUGCCGUGUGAACGUCUUGUAGCAUGUGUAAUUGUUUUCAAGACAAUCUCUUCCCCAGUCUUAUGCAUUUUUAACUCAGGAGCCUCGAGUAUAAUGUUUGCGCAUGCGUAGUAGAGAGAAGCUUUGGGAUCUAGAAUUGAUUCAUUGAUAAGGCAUCUGCAUCGUUUUACGAAAAUGAAUUGAAUUCAUGCUCUCAAUUUCUUGUAAAAGUAAAAUUAAUGACUUAUAGUAGGGGUGAAUGUUCUUAAACUACAAUUUGUGGUUUUGAGGUAAAACAUACAUGCAAGGAUACCAUAUUUCCUGUAAUUCGUCAGUGUGUUCUAACGUCAUCAUUGUCCCUUUCUCCUCACCCCUCCCCAGAGCAUUCCCUUGAUAUAAACUACGGAAGUUGACUGGGUAUCCCCUGGGGGUGGGGAGUAUAAGGUAGUUAGGGAGUUUUCCUUCAAAUCCUUUAUCACAAAAUAAAAUUCUAAAUUCAUGGAGGGUCUCAAUGGGGUUAACCGUUAUCCGUAAAACAACCAAAAGUUUAGCCGUAUGGCGUAAAAUUUGGCAAAUUUUAACCGUUAGUUGUAAAAUUGAAAUAACUUUAAGAAACAAAUCUGUUGACGACAAUGAAAAGGUAUUAAUAGUUAGCCGUAAAUUGGCCAACAUUUUAACCGUUAGCUGUAAAAGCCAUCAUCCCAAUAAGACCCUCUGCAUAAUGGUCGUUUUCUCUCUCUGUGUUUUUAUAGCCUGGAAGAUUUGGUAGAAAAGCAACAGGCAGAACUUACCGAACUUCGGCAGCAAACAGGCUCAGCUAAUACCUCCUCAACAUCAGGACGAGGCUCACUGACCCCUGAGGGAGCGAGUGACUCGGUGUCCACCCCACAGGUCAUUUACAGGCCCUCCUCGUCUGGGCGUUUGACUGCUUUGUGCACCACAGGCACGGACCCACUUUAUGACUGGCCAGAAAGGACAUCUACAGCCACCUGUAAUCGGUCUACAAGUCCAAUUGUGUUCUCAGACCACUCAAAUAUGACGUCACCGGAAGAAUCCCGUGAAGGUCUGACCAAUCAGGUGCAAGAAGAAAAAAACAGUGACAAUAUUGAAGAUCAUGUGGUAAGUAUUGAAAAGUUUGUUAAAAAAAUUUGAUGAACAAUGAGAUAAGGCAUAAACUGAACAGUUUAAUAAUGGAAUAAUCUGUGAAGUACAAGAGAAAAGCCUACAAAUAUCAGGCUGAUGCGAAAGGAUUUACUCACUUUUUCUACCAAAUAAUAUGGCAGAUAAUCGAUUCAAAGUGUGGUGUACCCCUUUAAUUGGAAAAAUAUAUUUUACAGUGUGCUAACACGGCCCAAUAAGCGAUAGGUUUGUGACCGACCGGUGCGCACGUAGUAUCUUAAUUAUCAAGCGAUUUGUUGUUGUUGAAGGAAAAACUUUCACGUGAGGUGGAGGGACAAGAGUAUUCUGAGGACGAAAGGACAGGUCUAGAUGGAGAGGAACACCCACCACAAGCAAAAGGAGACGAUGACGCAGAAUUAAAUAAAAAUGAAGAACAACUGGAAACAAAGGAGAACGACAGGAAAACAGCUGACCAACGGUAGAUUUUUUUUCCCACCCUUGCGAUAUACUUGCUCAAUCAGUUGAACACGUUAUAAGGAAACACGAUCCGGUAAAGGGCUUGAAGCUGCGCGUCUGAUGGGAAGGAAAGUGGGAGGGGGGGGGGGGGUAAUGCGCUCUUACACCCUGAAGCGUUCUAUUACAUAAAACUCAUAUCGCACAUAUAUCCAUUUAAACAAAUAUUCGCGUGGGAAAGGUUUCAUUGUUUCUGAUAAGAACCCCAAUUUAAGAAGAUUUUCCGAUUAAGGAAUUUAAAUGUCAGCUUCGAUAAAAAAAAAGCGCUCUUGAAGUGUGUUCUAAGGCUCGAGGACCUCCCGUACGUACCCAUACGUAAAGGGUUAUCUAUUGUCCUGUUAUUUCGGUCUCAACCUCUCUCUCUCCCUCUGAGUUAUUGUUCUUAAAUAAGCUCUGUAAUAUACACUUUUAAACAGUGAUUAAUAGAUAUUUUCACAGCUGAUUCAGUAAGGCCUGGCUCUAGAUCACAAGUACCAAAUAUUUGUAAGAAAAUCUUCAGGGACAUUUAAAGAUAAUGAUCAGAGCACUGAUCAUUAUAUUACAUGCGACUCAAAAUUAUCGUUUUACUACUUCCAUCUUUAGCAAAUCACAAGAGAAAAAUGCCAAUCAAAAGACUUCUCCCCAGACCUCUAAGAGGUCAGGCCGACCAGAAGUAGCAAGUUCUAAGAAGCAAGAACGGAAGAGAGACUCUAAAAGACGUGAACAGUCUCCUAGGAAAAACGGAGGAGAAAAACUUGAUUUUAAACCAUCACGAGAGAAGACUUACAAGACACUAUGGAAAACCAAUCACAUGAAUCUUUUUGAUGAGAGCCGAAGGUAAAUUGUAGCUGUUAUCUGUAUGUAGUCACACAAUCCCUACUCUAGAUGUGUUAACCUGAUCUCGUACCCAGACCUUUUACGGCCAAGCGGUUGUGCAUGCAAGUUACAGUAACAUGAUAGGAUCUGGGUACGAGAUUAAUAUGCAAAUUCUCCAUACUCUUCUCUACACAUUUCCCUAAACGCUCACAAGGAGAAUUUGUUAAACAAUCAAGAGCUUCUUAAGUUGGUGAUCAUCUCCUUUAUUCUCCUGACCUCAAUGUUUGAUUCUGGGGUGACAUUGAAUGAAAAAUAAGAUGCUGGUCACUCUUAGGGGUUAGAUGGCUAAGUGACGGCCCAAGAAGAAAAUAUUGCUCCUGGAAAGUGUCAUGCAGAAGAAUGAGGUUUUUUCCUCGCUCCCCCCCCCCCCCAUUUUUUUUCUUCUUUUUCAACUAUAACAACAUUUUCCUUCGAUGUUUUCCUUUUUAAUAUGUUCCAACUUUUAACAGACUUAAAUGGCUUUAAAAACGUAAUGGUAUCUUUGUUGUCUAUAGUGCUCAAGAACGAAAGAACAAUGCCAAGAACAGAACAAAGGACAAGAUUUCUGUCGGGUGCGUUUUCAUCGUUAUCAUCAGAUAAUCAGAAAUUCAGUUACCAAACUCUAAAAACCUUUUAUAUAUGAAGCUAUUUUCUGUAUCCAAUUCCAGUGGCAAAACAAGAAGUAUACAACACAGAAGCUCAUUCAGGAAUGCCGCUGACAAGUACCAGAGUGAAUCGUCGUCAAGUAGUUGCGACAGUGAAGAAGAUGAGGAGUUGUCAAGAAAGGUAAAUCAUGAAAUCAUAAAUUCUCGUUACUGAUCACUAUAAAUUUACUAUAAGGUUAGUUUUGAGAAGUUAGUGAAAAACCACGACUAUAUAAUAGGAGUUUGAAAAAUAAGAGUGCAGCUAAGGAUUUUUACAUUUUACUGCAGCAGUGUCCAAGGUUUAUGAUCUUUUUUAACGACAAAUUUUCUGUGUUUGGAUUUUUAAGGUAAAACCUGAACUAACUACGGAGUAUUGGGACAUUCACAAACUAAUCAAAUUUUUGAAGGUAAGUGCAAAUGCCUCGUAAAUAUUUUGAUAUUGAAGACAUCCUUAAGUAAGAGCUAAAGGAACAAGAACUAUCAGAACACUGAUCAAAUGAGUGUCAUUAAGUCGAGAACAAAGUGACAACGAUGGCCAAUUAGAGCAAAGAAAAAAACAUUACAGAGAGCCAAUGAUAACUCAAAGAAAGCGCGGGAAAAUGCGCGCGAUCAAGUUUGAAUUGGUUUUAGUCCGCUUUGAUUGGUUAAGGGGAUGACGUGAUUAUUUUAGUUCAAUCAAAGAGCUUUGGUUUAAGAUUUCACGCCUGAAGGAAAUGUCAUCAAUUUUUCAUCUAAUUCCCGUCACAAUCAGCUUCCAUUCAGUUCAUUAUCACUCAUCCUAACUUCUGAUAGAUUCGUGUCGUUUAAGAGUAUUUAAUCCUACAAUCCAUUUUUGGUUUAAACUCAAAUAAAACAUAUGUGUCAUUUUAAGCUGGGGAACCCAACAGCUACAGUGAUAGCGCUAUGCGCCCUUCGUGAUCUUAGCCUGGAACAGGAAUCAAGUCAGCUGGCCAUUCUGGAUCUCGGUGGAAUCACUAUCCUCCUUAACAUUCUAAAAACAGAUUUUUGGCGCUGUGUGGUAUGAUUUGUACAUUUUGUGUCCUACCUAACUUGUAUCCUUAAGGGGUAAAUCGAAAAUUAGAUCAAGGGUGAUUAAUUCUUGAAAUGGGGACUGGGAAUUGUUUCUUUCAUUUUGGAUUUAUUAACACAUUAAUUUAAAGGAAAAGGGGAAAGCCUUGCUUUAGCAGCUCCAUACGCCCCAAAAGUAAGUAGAACUGCAAAAGUUCCUAACCAUUUUGAACGGUUAGAGAAAGCUGGAGGAGAAACGUUAGAUAUGUGGGUGGCCAGACACUUCAUAGUUUCACAUACGUAAUAAAAAUUUGGUGCUUCUUCCUCGCAAUAUUCAGACAGAAUAACUCGUAUCACGAAGUAGCUUGUUAACCGACACUGACUUGUGCAGCAAAAAGGCGUCAACUUGAGCUGAAUACAUAGGAAAAAUAUGCAUAGAAGGAAAAAUAAUUGAAAUACUUUAAUUUGGAGGACGGAUCUAAUCCUAACAAAAAAUCACGUAGGUGCUGAAGUGUCAAUAAUACAAGCAUGUCGGUGAUUUUGUCUUUUAGGUUGGUUCUCUCAAAAUACUAAGAGUGAUAACGAAUACUAAGAGGAUAAAUACUGAGAUUUGUCGUCUGGGAGGUAAAAUAUUGUGGCUAUCUGCCCAAAACUAUGCGCAUAAAAUAUAAGAAAUAUUUAUAAAAGAUUAAUUAUUAUACGAUACUUUAGUGUAGACGUAAGAAAAGGCUAUUUAAGGGACCGUUCAUUAAUAAUCGGCAUUGGGUAUGCGAUAUCUUGCUUUCCUAAAAUAGCUAUGCUGUGGGUACCCGAAAGGCUUUUGACCAAUGAGAGGGUGCGUACUAUCUCGGUUAUUUUGUUAAAUGGUGAAAAUGUUUUUAAUCGAAUGAAGGUGUGACUGAGCUGUUAUUAUCAUAAUAACGAGAGUGAGGAUGGAAAAUUUGACACAAAAUCGACCCAUUCCGCUCUUAAUCGGGUCUACUACGAAGACUACUUAUGAGUUAGUUUACUUUGAAAAGCAAUGCUUAUGUCUUUUCUUAGUUAAUACUAAUUAAUACUAGAUGUGAUUAAAUACCAACACGACUUAAAGAUCAAAAAACCCCUGCGAAGCGCUAGAAACAAGGUUGAACUCACAACAGAGCUUAAGCGUUUACAACAACUUACUUUUUCCUUGAGAAAUUCACAGUUACUCGAAGAGUUUCCCGUCAAUUACUCCCCAGACUUUCCCUUCAGCUAAACUAGCGAAGGUAGCUUUACGUUUGUUCCAACGAAAACUCGAACUACCGAUUGUUCGUAGGGGGUUCCCAUUCUCAUGCUGCACAAGAUAUGGUAAUUUCAAAUACUUAUUUUGUACAAGACGGCCACGAAAUGUAUAAACUUCCAAAUGCACGUGCUGAGCUUUUGUUUUACUAAUUAAGGUUUUUCUCGUUGGAACGUUCUUGUUGAAGUCAUCGUUGAUAUAUCAAUGACGCCUGGGAUAAUUGCAAAUCAACACUUUAUACCAGUUUCUUACAUUGGUCUCUUCACUUUCCCGCGCUCAACUCGGUUCACAACUGGUUUCCCGCGCUUUCCAGCUGGUGGGUGGCUUGAUUUCCCGCGAUUCCUACCGGUCGCAUGAUUUCCCGCGCUCUGAAAUCUUCAGUUGCGUACCCGGGCUUUGAGUUCUCAUGGGUUAGUUACCCUGUUUUCCCGCCAAAAGACCUGGCUUUGUCUUUUAUUUCUUUAAUGGCGUGGAUAAAAUGAUUAGAUAGUUUUUCUUAACAUGUAGCGAGGUGUAAACCCCAAGCGGAGGAAUUAUCUCAAUAGAAGGAUUUUUUUAUGAUAUGCGUUUCAUAGCAUUUCUUUUCUGUUCUUUUCAGGCAUUCAGCAGCUUAUUGAUUGCCUUCGACAAGACUCGAAAGAGAUCCAGUCCCUCGCUGCUGAAACUCUUAGUCACGUGGUUACAUUCCGAUUGGCUUACAGAGCUAUUCGGCGUGGCAGAGGGAUAAAACAUUUGGUGAGAGAUGUUUUUCUGUACAAUUUCAACAUCAAAGGAUCCAGCAUAUGUUUAAAAGUGUUAGAGAUUGGAACCUCUCCUAGAGGAGGGACCUUAAAUCAACGACAUUCGAAGUUGAGUUCUUUCUGAUUGAAUUAAGUAAAACCAUAGUAAAACCAAAACUGAAGUAAUCAGUGGGGGGGGGGGGGGGACAGGGGAGUCAGAGUCUCCCGCUUCCUGUACCACGUUCUCCCGCCUCUUUUGAAUUGUGCCAAAACUUAACGUUCCCGCUCCCUGUUCUCCCGGGCUCCCGCCCCCUGUUCCCCUCCACAAAGGCCGAUCAGAAGAAGGGAAAAUGCCACUAAGAGACAACGAGAACUCGAAGUAUAACCCAACAAACUGCUUCGCGGGCGACAACAAACGCGGCUAUUAAGUGUUCUGAUUGUUAAAAUCUCUGUCGACGUCUUUCAUUUGACGAAAAUUUAAUAAAAAAAUAGUCAUGAAAAGUUUAUUUAAAAGCUUUUCUGUGGUCAUGCCUGUUUCAGGUGAACAUGAUUCAACCAGAAAACAGGAAACGCACUAGGCUCCCAUCGAAAGUAGACAGCAACUUCGGGCUUACCCACAAUGCAUGCAUGGCUUUGUGGAGCUGCAGCAGAAGCCCUAAAAAUAUUCAAGCCAUCCGUUUGGCCGGUGCCGUGCCCAUCCUCGCCUCCCUAUUGGUCAGCGGGACGGAUGAUGUCAUUUUACCCACCAUGGGAAUUCUUAUGGAAUGUGCUAGCGAGGUACGAAAUGCAGGAUGGGUAACAAUGUAACGUUGCAAUUGGUUCAGUUACUUGACAUGGGGAAAAUGUCUCGAGCUUCCAGCUAUUGAGACAAGUAAGGAUAUUUGCAGGAGACCUGGUGACCUGUCAGUGAGUGUUUUGGCCUUCAGAGUAGAGGUCUGGAUUCGAGACCGACUGGAGUCGCUAUACUUUGUUCUUUAACGAAGCACUUUACUCUCUUGGGAGUAUUCGUGAAAACUACAAAUUUUUACCAGUGAAAAUUCUGGGGGUUAAAUACGACGAACUAACGUUCAAUUCAGCAUGUGUGCAAACAACUAAUCUGUAGUUAUGCAUAUCGUUGAAAGGAUUUUUAAACAGUUUAGCUUUGGUUUAAAGGGGCCGCAAUGACAUACCAUGCGUCGAAAUAAACGUGGCAAGCAUGACGACUUUCCUGCCGCUGAUAAAUGACUUAUUUAUGACCCUUUUGAUAUCAUCACAGAGUUACUGCAGCGUUAAGGAUUUUCUUUGAUCUUCUUCAGCCCACUUUUCGUGAUGAUAUCCGCAGGGAGGGGAUGGUGGAGGCGAUUGUUAAGCACUUGAAAAAGGGCGACACAGCUUUGCAGACUCUAUGUGCCAAUGCUUUGUUCAAGGUUUGUCAAAUCAGUAUUUUUCUUUGAUAAAUCUAGUGUUCUAGAGACGGAUAAGGAUACGAAAAUUAGCCAAUUAAUGACCAAUCAACCUCGUCAAACCAUCAUGAACCAACCAACCAUUGCCUUCCGACUCCGACAAAUGACUUCUGCUUAGGUUGUCAAAACUUGGGUCACCAAUAGUUUUUUUCUCUACACCUCAACGCAAGACGAUUAUACUACACAAACUGCGGAAACUUUUGGACUCAAUCUAAUGUCAAAACCUGAUUUUCUUUUAACUUUCCCAUUUUAUAGUGCGCCGAAGAUGAUUCCACUCGCGAACUGAUUUUCCGCUUUGGUGGCCUGGAACUGCUCGUCCAAAUAACGAUGGAAUCCAGGUCCUCUGAGAACACGCAACUCCUCGCGGCCACAGUCGGCGCCCUUUGGAAGUGCGCAUUGAACAAAAACAACGUCAGAAGGUAAAGGAAGACACAGAAAGAGGAAUUCAUUUUUGCAAUGGACAGGAAACGAAACGAAGUGCAAAAAAAAAAACUCAGUCCUCUUAUGUGAGGAAUCGAACUCCAGUCAAUUCCAAUUUCGUAGUAGGCUUCUCUGCCAUUUGAGCUGCCAUAAGCAUCCGAUCGUUGCAUGUGGAAAUUUUUUUACUGUGUAUUUCCAAGUUUAUUUUCAAAGUAUCAAUUAUUGAGCCCUCUUAAGCUUUUAUUUUACUCGGAGCGCAUAACCAGAAUAACUGAAAAAAAUUUCCCAAAUAAAAAACAGUCAAAGGUCACGUUACGCUUUUAUUAAAAGAACUGACAUCAAAUUCCCCUCAGUAAGAGGUGUUUUCUUUUGAUACUAUUAAUUUUUUCGAUCUCAGGCUUGAGCAAUUUGGUGCAGUCAAAGCUUUGAUCCUAUUGUUGAAGACUCCAGAGCAAACUAACGAGGUACAAAAUAUUGUGAUAGUUGAAAAGUCAUAUUAUUGAAUAUCACUGCAUCAAAAUUGUGUUGUAUUUAUUUUUACGAGAGCCAAUCACAAAAGAGGAAAAUAUCAUACAGCUACUGAUUGGUUGAGAGAAUGACGCGAAAUUCUAGUGACCAAUCAUGGAGCGGAGUAACUCGUAUAAACAGUGCACCAAUGCUUUUUAGGAUUCCUUUUUUCGUUCACUUGUAAAGCGCUCUGACACCUCUUUUUAACUCACCAGGUCUUGGCUAAUACUAUGGGUGCUAUGCACGAGUUUGCGUACAGUAAACGGACAGUUCUGACACUCAAAGAGGAUAAAGUCAUCCCAGUUGUUGUGCGAGCGCUGAGCAUCACGGAACGUGCCGUACAAAUUAACGCUACCAGGCUCCUCGCGAUUUGUGCUAAAGAGGACUCCUGUAGAAGGUUUGUAAGUUAUUGUUGCUGUUGUUAAAAGCCGUGUUACCUCAAUUUUCAUUCCAGUUUGAUGUAAUCAUUUUUGGUUUCUAUUGACUAAUAUAUUUUGUAACUUUGUUGCAGUACAAUUCUUCAAACAGACGGAUUACGGCUUCUCUGGUCCUUAUUGAAGUUUCCCGACUCAGACGUAAUUGGUUGAGUUUUACUGUUUAGAAUCUAAAAAUAAAGACCGUUAAUAAGCUACGGACCUAUCUGCCGUUUGCAAUCUUUUUGAUCUUUGCAAAUCAAUCGAUUUACUUCCAGAGCUUUCUCGCACAACGUAUCUUCUUUUAAUUUCACACAGUAACCGACAAUGACAGUAUCUAUACGAUGUUUGCAUUCAACAUCAAUAUCCGUAUUCUCUGUUCUCUAUAAUACUGACAUUCCUUUAAUACUGACAAGGAGAAUUUGUUUUCCCAGGUUGUAGCAGCUGCGGCAGAGGCGAUCAGUGAGUGUGUUGUGAAAAAAGAGGUCAGACAGAGUCGUUUAUUAAUAGUUAGUUUGAGAGUCCAUCGUGAUGAAGAAUUUUUCUCUGAUAUUCCACGUUCUGUAAUUGGUUUGUCCUGUCCAUACUCAACCAAUCAAAUGCAACCUGAAUUCAAUAUGAAUUGUUCAUACCAGGUUUUUCUCGCGAGAGCUUGUUCAAUAAUUUCCCUCGAUUCAAUGGGCUCAAAGUUCUUUACUUUUCACCCGCGAUUGAGAAUUGAAAUUUGAUAAAAUUUAAUACUGCUGAAAUUUCACUCCCAAACACUGCAGCUACCUCUAAAACCCAUGUUUCAAAGGGUGGAAAGAGAAUUGAAGGAAAAUUGUUUUUUGGAGUCAGCUGCAUUUUUCCAUGGCCCAACGCAUGAAUUACGAAACAAUGUCUCCUCAGAGGUUAAUGUCAUGUAACAUGUCCUUAUCUGUCCUCUAGGAGUCAGCAGAAAUGGUGCGCUCAUUCGUCGGAGGUCUAGAACUCAUUACCAGUCUACUGAGAUCCGACGAUAAGGAGGUAAUUGAUCGGUAUUCAUUUUAAAACACACUCGGACCCUAGGAUUAAUUUUUCUGCCAGGAACUCGCUAAGAUAGUCCCAACCUGGGCUAAAUCUUGUUAAAAUUCACCCUAACCUAAGAUAUUUUUAAACAGUCUUUUUUGGAAAAGUAAAAGUAUUUUUCCUCCCUCAGGUGCUAAUAAGUGUAAACAAAGCAAUAAUCAGCAUUGGCAGAGAUCGAGAGAACUUGUCCAUCCUGACAGAUUACGAAGUGGUACCUCUUCUCGUAUCACUGGUGUACACGGUCAGUAUAUAAAGGUUUAGCCGUCAAUAGACAGUAGAUUCCGCUUUUUUUCGUGUCUUCCUUUGACAAUAAAUUCUGCAUAAAAAUCGCACGAGAGCUGCCCCUUUGACAAAGCAAAGAGGGUUUGGUCUAGGAAGAGCGGGUCUACCCUCCUUAGCCGUUUUCUUACUCUCUGCGCUAAGGAGAAAGGUGUCAAUGAAAACAAGCCAUUUAAAUAGCGGCGCAUAAUCUUCGACCGAAUUACUUGACGAAGACUGCAGUAUAGCAAUCGAUCAUGACCCUAAAUUAUCGCUGGAAUAAUUUUUAGGAUCCUUACCUUUCAGAAAGACGAAGAGUUAAAGCGAUGGGUGGCAGAGGCGAUAGCAACGUAAGUAGUAACAAACAAAGCACAGAGUGACAUUCUUGGUCACACAACACCGAGACGGAAAGUGUGACAAGCGUGACAAACGUGACAAGCGAUGAGACUGCGACAUUUUCAAACAGUCACCAACAGAAAGGCAUCAUUGGUAAAAGUAGAGUUGAUAAGUAGUCUUGUUUGGCACUCUUUCAGUUGCAGUGGAUUGGACAAGAAUGUGAAGUCCUUCUCAUCAGCGGUCGUUCCUCUGGCUGACAGCCUCAAACGAUCCUCUGACGUAGCGGUAAAGCGAGCGAUCGCUUGCGCGCUGGAAAGACUGUCACGUGACCCGUAUAACUGUUUUAUUAUUCAUCAACAUGACGCACUGAAGGUAAAGCAAAUUUUUGUAUUUUACAGGGUUUGUCACUGUUCAACCAAUAGUAUGGCAUUUGCACGUCUCUAACGCCUUAAUUAACGUUGCAGUCUAAUUUCGCAUUUCAUGCGACGUAAAAAAAAGCACUUUAGACCACGUAACAGCAUACAAGUCUCUCAUUGUUCAAUUUAGUGUUAUCAAUUGAGUUGAAAACGUAUAUUGGUCACUGUUAAGAGUUUAGAGGCUGACGUUUCGAGAGUUAGUCCUUUGUCAUGUAUCGCUCUGACGAAGGGCUAACGCUCGAAAGGUUUACGUUUUCAACUCAGUUGAUAACACUAAAUUACCCUGCUAUACUCUCCCACCGACGCAGCACCACAGUUUCUUUAGAAACUUACUCCCUUUAUCUCACUGGUAAAUACCCGAUCAGGAAUUUUCACGGUUAAUUAACAAUCCCUCGUAUUCAACUCAGGAACGUUCUUCAGACUUGUGUGUUUCAUAGUACUUUAUGUAGAACAUCAUUGUACACGUGCUUAAUUCUAAAAUAAUCCUUUCUCCUCAUCUGAUCCCAUCAGACUUUACUGGCAUUGACGGGCUCAGAAGAUGAAAGAGUCCAGGAGGCAGCAGCUGGUUGUAUAAAGAACAUGCGUAUCAAUACCAUGAACAUGCUUGCAAGAUGA